AUGGUCAAACAGUUCGUUGAUAUAAAUAUAUUACUCGUUAUAGCCGUAGCUAUACUCUCAUUGUUUAUAGUAUCACCCUACGUUCUCAACAAUGAAGCUCAGAAAGCUGCCAGCGUGAGUGAAAGGGAAGCAAAAGUUGCUGAGAGGGAAUCUUUAGUUGCUUCAAGAGAAACAGCACUCUAUUGGAAGUCUAUUCCACCGCCAGAGGAAGUCAAAGAAGAGGAAACUGAAUGUAUCACAGAUCAAUCGCUCGUCUUACGUGAACUAGAACUCACCCGGUGGGAGAGCACACUCAAUAAAAGAGAAAGCAAUCUCAGUAGAAGGGAAUCUUGGCUUAUAGAGAACUGGCCAAAAAGCGAUUAA